AUGGGUGGCAAUCAGGGCGGCGUGGCGAGCACGUCGAGCGCAACCACGCUCCAGGAUGGCCUUCGCAAGACGCAGCCGUACUGGUACGAGUUCCAGACGUACGCCAAGCUGCGCUGGUUCGGGCGCGAGCUCAUCGAGAUCAUGACCACCGAAUUCCGCGACCGCACCAAGGAGUACUACGUCUGGGCCAUCCACAAGGGCAUCUGCACCGUCAACGGCGAGAAGGCUGACAUUCACCAGGUCAUUGGCGACGGAGACAAGAUCUGCAACAGCGUCCACCGUCACGAACCUCCCGUCACCGACGAGCCCAUCAAGAUCAUCCACCGAGACGACGACGAGGGCAUCCUCGUCAUUGUAAAGCCGGGAUCGAUCCCAGUGCACGCUGCGGGCAGGUACCUCAGACAUACGCUCACGGACCUGCUCCGUACCGAACACGGCAUCCAGAUGGUGUACACCACCAACCGACUCGACCGACUCACCAGCGGCAUCAUGGUCUGCUCCACCAAGAAGGAGACUGCGUCCAGGCUCGGUGCGCAGUUUGCCGCUGGCCAGGUGAGCAAAGCCUACGUCUGCCGUGUGCGCGGCCAGUUUCCCGAAGGCGAGAUCGUCUGCAAGGAGCCGAUCCUCACCAUCGACCGACAGAGCGGCGUCAACAUCGUCCACCCAAAGGGCAAAUACUGCGAGACCAUCUUUGUUCGCCUUUCCUACGACGCCGAAACCGACUCGAGCGUGGUAUUCUGCAGACCUAUCACCGGCCGCACGCAUCAGAUCCGAGUGCACGUACAAUACCUCGGCCACCCUAUCUGCAACGACCCCAUCUACGGCCACGACGUGUGGAGCAAGGUGGACCCAUCGUCGUUCGCGCAGGUCAUCCCCGAUCAGUGGAAGAAGGUGGGCGGAGAGAUCGGCCAGAAGGAAGUCGAGAUGAUCGUUGACGCCAUCAAGGGCGAUCAGGAUGGCCAGGAGGACUGGGCGCGGUGGAAAGACGAAGUACUUUUCAAAGACAUGAUCGCUCAAGAAGGUCUUGAGAACGUGCACGUUCCCGGACCCAAUGGUCGAUCCAGUCGACCCUCGGACGAACUGCUCAAGCGCGCGCUCGAGAAGCUUGAUCAAGACAAGGGCGAGGUACCGGCCAAAGGCCUCAACCGACCUGCGGACAUCGAGACGGCUUGGCAGAAGCGGGUGCGCGAGCAAUCGUCCGACUUUUGCCCAGAGUGCAAGAUCCCACUCUUACCAGACCCGAAACCGGAAGAGCUCUACAUCUACCUGCAUGCGAUCAAGUACUGGACCGACGAUUGGUCGUUCGAGGACGCGCUGCCGUGGUGGGCCAGGGAAGACUGGAAGUCGAUCACCCCGCAUGGGAGUGGGGCUGGUAAAGGAGCAGGCGAAGCGAGCCUUCCCAAGGGUCUCGCCGAGGCAACAAAGUCGGACUCGCAUCUUUCGAGCUCUGCAAUCUCGAGUCUCAUCACAACCGAGAUCGAAGAGAAGGCAUCGCGGCUUGCUGAACCUCAAAAGUACGUCGAGCAGGAUCGCGGUGUCGAGCUCACCCAGGUGCGUCAGCUGGUCGACUACCCACCGCAGAGCAUAUCUUCUUCCUCGCUCAGUCCCGCAAUUGCCACAGCGAGCACAAGCAUCAGCGUACCCAUCGUCUUCCAGGUAUUCGGCGGCUUUGAGGACUUUGCACAGCGCGAGGUCCUCCAGCAGACGCUCGCGCGUGCACCACAACAGGCGCAACAGGCGUCUUCCCAAGCUGCGACAUCUUCGAGCAUCCACUCGGGCCACGUGCGCGUCGUCGACGAUCGCCUCGCGCCGCACGCACUCGAAGCCUACUUUGACGCCAAGCUGGGCAUCGCCAAGACGGCGUAUCUGCUGACCGCCCUGCACCAAUUUCCCAGGGAGCUGGCCAAGGAGCUCAAGCAUGAAAAGUACAUUGGCGGCGCGAGCAAGCGUGCCAAAUGGAAGGCGAAGGAGCUGCGCAAGGCGCUUGCCAAGAAGGAAGGCAAGAAGCUGGGUACGCAAAAGACGACGCCCGGUCUCAUCGAGAAGCCGCUGGUUCUGCGUCAAGAGGAACGCGGCCUCGACGCAUCGUCUUCGGUCGAUGCAACCGCCUCGACUCAAGACAGCCAAGUGACCCCGUCCAUUGCGUCUCGAAAGGAGGCAGCAGGCAGCUCAGCAGCGAGCGAAGCUGGCACGGACGAUGGAGCACCGUUUCCGUCGGAGGUCAAGCUGCUGAAACUGCUGGACGAGGUGUGGGACUCUUCGCGCGCCCAGCUCGACAAAGCGCUAGAGAGCUGGCUGCGCAUUACUGAGGCUUGCACGGGUAUCACCGUGCCGCCUGAACAGCGAACAUACCGCGCGACAGUCGACCGAGCGACGUACAACCUGCCGAGUCUGAACUCGCAGACGAUGGAGCGAUAUGUUGGCGAGCUGGCGUGGGAGUGGCUCAACGGACCGGACGAUGACAACACGGACCGGUCAGCACCGAGAGCGUGGAAGGUGGAUCUGGAGAAGCCUCUGCUGGACGUGACGCUCAAGUUCUUGCCCGGUUUCGGCAUUGGCGAUGAGUUCGAAAAGGAGCUCGACGAGGACGACGACCCGGCGCUCAAAACGGAGGGGCAAAUCGCAUUCAUGCUCAAGCUGCCAGCGCCGGUGACGCCGUUCCCGAGGCGACCACCGGGAAGGAACGCGCUGCUGGUUGGAGGAACGACCAUGGCCGAGUACCGGGCUGCGUCGCUUGCUUUGGCGCUGGCUCUUCCUCUAGAACGCAAGGGCCAGAAUGGAGUGGAGAGCGAGGGGCUGGGCCCGUUGCGGGUGCUCGAGCCUUGCUGCGGGCAUGGCUCGCUGGUAUUCGAGACAGCGGCGAUGAUGGAGGCGCGAGGACUGCGCGGAGAAGUGCUCGGGUGUGAUGUAGACGACGAGACAGUUGGACGGGCGCGUCAGAUCGCCGAGCUUGCUGGCCUGGGCGCAUCGAGCGGCGAGGUGCGUGUGCAUCUGCGCGGCGUUGACGUUACGGACCGUGCGGCGCUCGAGGCCUUCGUGGGAGGUCGAGGCACGAUCGACGCCAUCCUCACGGAUCUUCCAUGGGGAAAGCGCGAAAAGGCCUCGCAGUCGCUGUCGAAGCUCUACCAUUUCUUCCUCGAGAGUUGGUUCGCCGUGCUGCGCACGGGUGGCUCCAUUGUCACUGUGACCGCCGAGCACAGGACGCUGUCGCGCGCGCUGGCGGUAUUCGAGACGACAUGCAGGAAGAAGCGCGUGGGCGCGUGUCUCAAGAUGGAGAAUGUGCGCAUGCUGUCACCGUCGGGCGGCGAAGUGAGCGGCCUGGAAGAGGACAAGGUCAAGCAGCAAGGUCUGCUCGAGGCGGAGCGCAACAGCCAAAUGCGCAAGAUCGAAAUCGGCUACCACGUCUACGUGUUCCAGAUCCGCAAGAUUGCAAUCUAG